CGAGGAGGAGCGCUGGGUCGGGCCGCUCCCAGGGGAGGCCGCGCAGGCGAAGAAAAGGAGAGGCUCAGAGCCCCUGCUGUGCAGACUGAAGCUUUGCUGUUUAGGGCUGUGGAGUUCGUCUGUUUUCUGGAUCAUCGCCCUAAAAUGGAGAUGCCUCUAGGCUGUAUUUUGAGGCAUGGUAUUGAUGACUGCAGCAACUCUCAGCUUUCCAGGUGUCAUUGUAAAGUAAAUGUGCCUCUAACGAUGAUCAGCACGUGCAGGUUCAGUAACAAAUGCCAUUUGCAGGUGUUAACAGGGUGUAAAAAUCAAGAGACAAAUGCCAAAAUCAGAUUGUUUUGGGUGAGCCAGUUAAACAAUGAAAGAGAUAGGUGUCUGUCAGUACUUGGACUUUAAACUACAAGACCUGGGUGAGAUCAUGAAUCUCUUAACAACAGGGAUACAUUUUGUUUUGGAAUAAAAUAAGGUGGAGAGAACCCUCCCUUUUCUGGAAGUAAAUUGUUGAUUUUUAUUUUUUUCAUAUAUUGAGACAGCUGAGGUAAUAGUUGCUUUAAAAGGGAAAAGCAGUAUGAGUUCAAGCAGAGUUUGAGUGGUUUUAGUCCACUAAAAAUUUGAGUGCAAAGCCAGAUCUAAAAGCCCUUUUAUUAUGUUUGUACAAAAUCCUAGCAUAUUUUAGACUGAAAUAUGAAUAAGCAAUUCAAGUGAGGGAGAACAGAAGCUGUACCUUUAUGAAAAAAAACCUUCCUGAUUUUUCUUUUUAUUCUGUGUAGUUCUUGAAUUUGAACACGUUUACCUUGAAAAUCUACCAUCUGCUUCAAUGUAUGAACGCAGUUACAUGCACAGAGAUGUCAUUACACACGUAGCGUGUACUAAGACAGAUUUUAUCAUAACAGCCAGUCAUGAUGGACAUGUAAAAUUCUGGAAAAAAAUAGAAGAAGGGAUUGAGUUUGUUAAACACUUCCGAAGUCACCUGGGUGUUAUUGAGAGUAUUGCUGUUAGUUCAGAGGGAGCAUUGUUCUGUUCAGUUGGAGAUGACAAAGCAAUGAAGGUGUUUGAUGUAGUCAACUUUGACAUGAUCAACAUGCUGAAACUUGGCUACCACCCUGGCCAAUGUGAAUGGGUAUAUUGUCCUGGAGAUGCCAUAUCUUCUGUUGCAACAUCCGAGAAGAGCACAGGAAAAAUAUUCAUAUAUGAUGGCCGAGGAAAUAACCAGCCACUUCAUGUUUUUGAUAAACUCCAUACAUCCUCGCUUACUCAGAUACGGCUGAACCCUGUCUACAAAGUAGUUGUGUCUUCUGACAAGUCUGGAAUGAUCGAGUACUGGACUGGUACACCUCACGAAUAUAAAUUCCCCAAGAAUGUGAACUGGGAGUAUAAAACAGAUACUGAUCUGUAUGAAUUUGCUAAAUGCAAGGCUUACCCAUCCAGUAUAAGUUUUUCACCUGAUGGCAAGAAAAUGGCCACUCUUGGGUCUGACAGAAAAGUUAGAAUUUUUCGUUUUCUGACGGGGAAGCUUAUGAGAGUCUUUGACGAAUCUCUGAGUAUGUUUACCGAACUUCAGCAGAUGAGACAGCAACUACCAGACAUGGAGUUUGGCCGACGAAUGGCAGUCGAGCGUGAGCUGGAGAAAGUGGAUGCAGUAAGAUUAAUUAAUAUAAUUUUUGAUGAAACUGGACACUUUGUUCUCUAUGGAACAAUGUUGGGCAUUAAGGUCAUCAAUGUAGAGACUAACAGGUGCAUUCGUAUCUUGGGAAAACAAGAGAACAUCAGAAUGAUGCAACUAGCUUUAUUCCAAGGAGUGGCAAAGAAACAUCGUGCUGCAAUCACUAUAGAGAUGAAAGCAUCUGAAAAUCCUGUUCUCCAGAAUAUCCAGGCAGAUCCAACAGUAGUCUGCACAGCUUUUAAAAAAAAUAGGUUUUACAUGUUUACUAAACGUGAACCAGAAGAUACAAAGAGUGCAGAUUCUGAUAGAGAUGUAUUUAAUGAGAAACCUUCUAAAGAAGAGGUCAUGGCAGCCACUCAGGCAGAAGGUCCCAAAAGAGUCUCAGACAGUGCCAUCAUCCACACAAGCAUGGGAGAUAUUCAUAUCAAGCUUUUUCCUGUUGAGUGCCCCAAAACAGUGGAAAACUUCUGUGUGCACAGCAGGAAUGGCUAUUACAAUGGACACAUAAUUCACCGUAUCAUCAAGGGUUUCAUGAUUCAGACUGGUGACCCAACUGGUACAGGAAUGGGAGGUGAAAGUAUUUGGGGAGGAGAAUUUGAAGAUGAGUUUCAUUCAACUUUACGACAUGACAGACCAUACACACUCAGCAUGGCUAAUGCAGGACCAAAUACCAAUGGAUCCCAGUUCUUUAUAACAGUAGUGCCAACUCCAUGGCUAGACAACAAGCACACUGUGUUUGGACGGGUGACUAAAGGAAUGGAAGUUGUUCAGAGAAUCUCAAAUGUAAAAGUCAAUCCAAAAACUGACAAGCCCUAUGAGGAUAUCAGCAUCAUUAAUAUCACAGUGAAGUAAGGCAGGCGUUGAAGGUUCCUGCUUAAGCAGAAAAAAAUGAGCAUAUGGGACCCAGAAAGGGACCUAGAAAGAACAGAAACAUUUUAAAUAAUUUCUAGAUAUAGUGAGUACCAAGACAGAGCAAUCACCAGUUCUACAAUUUUUAAUGUACCUAAAGUGCCCUAAUUCUGUAUUUCUGAUAACUUUGUAUUUUAAAGUAAAAACAUAAGCAUGUUUCUUA